UAACAGAAGAAAUAACAAAGCACUACAAAUGAAAGAAGCUAAAUUGACCACAGAGCACCAAUUAACUGAGAUAAAGAUUAUGAAAAGACCUACUGAAUUGAAUAUUGAAAAAGAAAAGGAAAAAAGAAUUGAAAAUGAUGAAAAUAGGAUAUCUGCCAAUAAGGAGCUCGAUAAGAAGGAUAAAUCUGAUGUUAAUAAAUGCCAAAAAGACCACGAGAUGGAAAGAGCCAAAGGAUUCUGA